CUAGAUCCGUACCAGCGGUUGUGGCUAGAGAACCAGGGGACGCCAAUGUGGCUUGUUCAUCCUCUACCCCAAGCCAGGAUCAGAUUAGCCUUAGAUUAGCCGGGUGUCCUCCCCACCACUAGCCACACCUUACCGCACUACAGCAAGGACACAUUCUGCGAAACAAUCGACAACAGCCGAAUCGGACAUCGCAUCCUCUACACCAACACGCCGAGAUGCCCACCCGAUUUAGCAAGACACGGAAGCACCGUGGCCACGUCAGUGCUGGUCACGGUCGCAUUGGAAAGCACAGGAAGCAUCCUGGUGGUCGUGGUAUGGCUGGUGGUCAGCACCACCACCGUACCAACAUUGAUAAAUACCAUCCCGGUUACUUCGGAAAGGUCGGUAUGCGCCACUUCCACCUCCAACGGAAUCACCAGUGGAACCCGAUUAUCAACCUCGACAAGCUCGCCUCCCUACUUCCCGAGGACGUCCGCGAGAAAUAUGUCUCCGGCGAGGCUAAAGACACUGCUCCCGUCAUCGACCUGCUGAACCUCGGCUACUCCAAGUUGUUAGGCAAGGGACGCCUCCCGGAAUUUCCCUUCGUCGUCCGCGCUAGAUACGUCAGCAAGUUGGCCGAGAAAAAGAUCACAGAGGCUGGCGGUGUUAUCCAGCUGGUACCGUGAGUGUAGGGGCAAUGAGAACAAGGAUUACGGAACUCAGGAAUAUGGGGUCACCAAAGCAUUCAACGGUGUUAAGGAUGGUUAGGACGGUAUCACAAAACGAAAAGCCGCUUGAGGACGAUAGAUCCUAAAAUGACCAAAUUUUUUUUUCUCCAUUGAUGAUUUUUCUUAAGACCAGAUAUGGUAUGCUGAAGCG